AUGUUAAGGCGAAUAAGAGGCAUCACGGCGGUGCUACCAACAUCAACAAAUUGGUUUGCACAAAGAGGUCAGAUGGAAGAAAAAGUACAAACGAAUGUUAUUAUUUCUUCUGAGGAAAUGAAGGAAAAGAAAAUAUGUGAUCAUGUAGAAGUAUCUCCAUCUCUACAAGGACCAUCCAUUGUUUCCUCUGUAUCGCAUGAUGCUUUUAUCAAUCCUUUCACAGGUAGACUCACAACGAUGAAAAGUCGAGUCUCUAAAGAACUUUUACGGGUUGGAUUUGUUCGUAGUCCAGUGAAUCCUUUUCGUCUCACAUGGGAUGCUUCCAAAUUACCCAUUUUAACACAAACCGCUCUUAAACCUUUUUUAAACUCUAUGGUUUCAUGGCGUAAACGAUUGGCGGAAUUACUAUUACGUGGAGAUGCGGCGGAUGCGAUUGCGGAGGAAAUCCAUCGUCUCUACGGUGAACUCACCAGUGCGUAUUUACCGCCCAAGUUAGAUGCCAUGCAUGAUCCUCAACUCUCCGGAAUGACAAUGACACCCGAUCAGGAGAAUGUGAUUCGCUUUGCAUUGCGUGGAUACAGUAUGUUUAUUGGCGGCAGUGCGGGCACAGGCAAGACAGUAUUACUGAAAGCCAUUCACCGUCGCCUAACAGAGAUGGGAUUACGUGUGGCUAUGACUGCCACUACAGGUGUGGCGUCUGUACAGUUGGGCGGAUGUACAUUUCAUUUGGCAUUUGGUGUGCCUGUGGGAAAUGAGCCGCGUGGACGACGGCGGUGGGAUGUGAAUGCCUUACGUGCGGUGGAUGUUGUGAUUAUUGAUGAGGUCUCUUUAUUAGAUGCGGAGUUGUUUGAUGCCUUUGAUGCCGAGGCCCGCAUGGCCCGCAUGCGACCGCAGCCAUUCGGUGGAUUGCAAGUGAUCGCCUGUGGAGACUUUCUCCAAUUGGCACACGCAAGUACUACCGGAUCGUGUUGUGGAUCUGCGGCCUUUCAACAACUUCUCGCCGUUCGCCUCGUAACGCCGAUGCGGCACACCCGUGGAGAUGCCUUGUAUACAUUAUUAUCACAAUUGCGAUUGGGGAAGUUUGAUGCUCGUGCCUUUGCCGCCCUCGAUCGCCCACUACCAGAGAAGGAGGAGGAAGUAACUUAUAUCUUUCCACGACGGCGGGAUGCGCAGCGGUUAAAUGAUACAAAGUUGUGUGAAUUGCAGAGUGAGGAGAUGAUGUUUGCACCGCAGCGGGGUCCAUUGCAUUUAGUGGGGAGUUUUACACCCGCAGGACUGUUGGAGUUUUCAAAAAACAAAAAGAAAAAGAAUAUCUUAACACCAAAUCGUGAGGAAAUUGUACAAGUCGUACAAGAGGAAUUGAAGAAUCUAACAGGUGUAGAUGUGGUGGAUCACAAUAUAGUGGUGAUGCCUGCAAAUGGAGAGAAACAUGCACUCUUACUUCGUUUACGUAAUCCAGAAGAUACAACGUUAAUACGAAAAGGCAGUAAUACUAAUAGUAAUAGUAGUAAUAGUAAUAAUAAUCUUAACAACACUAUAACUAUAAAUAGUAAUACUUCUAACAGUGCCGUUCUCUCUUCGACUCGCUGGACAACUGUAUUAAAUACCGUUGCGGAACGAUUGAAUGCAACCUUACGACAUGUAUAUAAUGAAGAUCCACAGGGAUUUAUACCGUUAAGUGUUUCCAUGGCUCUUGCAGAUGCCUCUAAUCACCCAAAUGCAGAACAACUCACACCACUACGACUUAAAUUGGGAUGUCGUGUGAUGGUGAAUAGAAAUCUCUCACGUACAGUUUCUAAUGGAAGUGUGGGAGUUGUAGAGGCAUUUGCGCCACCCAAUCCAGAUUUAUUUCCUCGUCGUCAUGAAACCCCCGCACGUACGGUAUAUGGACGUUUAUUAGAAAAGAAUAUGUUUCCAAAGUUACCCAUUGUGAGACUUCUCUCUGGUGAAGUUGUGCAGAUACCACCACUCGCUCUGAUGUUGGGAGGAACACCGUCCACUUUUUUUUACGGUCAUGAGAUUUAUGCCCUUCCACUGCAACUCGGCUAUGGAUUUACGGUUCAUAAAGUACAGGGACUCACACUGCAGGGAACUGUUGUGUUGGACUGCAAGAAUUUCUUUGAAUGUCCACAUCUUGUGUAUGUGGCCUGUUCACGUGUGCGAUCGAUGGAUCAACUCAUUGUGCGGAAUAUACGUAGUGAUAUGAUUAUUGUUAAGCAGAGCGCAUUGGAGUUUUCCAAUCAACUCAAGGAUGCCUCUCUCAUCACAAAUUUUAUCCCACCAGAAGGAUUUGCUCGGGCCUCUUGGGUGGAACGGCAAACCACACGACUGUUAGCAUUGAAUGAGUAA